UCAAAAAGGCAGUUUGUGCCUUCCAAGCCCAAAUCCCCUCGACAAAGAUCGGCAUGGCAGAUCGUGAGAUGUCGGCCUUCCUCGGUCGCAUGGACCGGCUGGGCCAACGGGUGAAGGACUGGAAGCGAGCUCGAGCCGACCUGGAACGGGUGAGCACACCAUUGGCCCGCAGCUGUGUCGGGGUGAAGCACGCCUCCGCUGCGCGCACGCACAGCCGGGGGAGUCGAAGCCUCAACCGUGGCACAUCGGUGGAGACGAAAGGGGAGAGUGAAUGGGCCAAGGAGGCCUUGAGACCCAGCCCCAGCCGGAGUUCCAGCAAGGCCACCUCCGCCAUGUCGCGUUCUCCCAAGAGUUUUGUCAGCAUUCUGCCUUCAGGCCGAUUACUUUCAGGCAGAGAAUGGCUUCCAGAGGAGAAGAUCGAGCGCGCUGAACUUGAUGUUGAAGGCGCCAAGGCUGGCAACAGCAGACCUUCAGAGAUUGUGAGGAACGAGUGGCAACGAAGUCGCAACAAGCUCAUCGAUGGAAGCCCAUCCCGACGGCUGCGCGUCCGCAGUCCCAAGCGGGCUGUCCUCAGCGGCCUCAGCCCAUCGAGAUCACGGGACGUUUCGGAAAAUCCUUUCUGCAUGGCCUCAGAGACCAUUGACAAUCCUGCGGCUGCAAACAAGGAUUCCUUCUUGCAAGGUGAUGUCUUGUCCUUUGAGGAGCGCAUUCAGGCUUUGCAAGAGAAAGCAUCUGGCUUGCCGAAGGCCAACAUCGAGGCUGGCAGCUGGUUGCCUGUGGGUGCCAAAGCCGCUCCGCAGGCCACCGGCUCACCCAGCUUCGGCAGUCCUUCAAGCCCUUGGCGCCCAGUGAGACGUUCCCCGCAGACGGGGCGGUCUCAGGGCUCCGAUGAGACUUUGGCAAGUCGGGUGAGUCAGCUAGAAGACUCUCUGGGACGAAUUGAAUUCAUGCUGCAGCAAGUCUUGGGGAUGGCAGGUUCUUCUGGUGAGCUGGCUUUCAAAGCUCCCAAGGCGAAUGGAUGGCCUCCGCCAGGCCGCAGAUCCCCCAACGCCAAAGGUUUCACUUCUGUGGACACCCCGGAGGUCGCCCAGGAGGUUGGUGCCAGAAGAGGGUUCUUUAAAUGGCCUAUGGAUGUGACUGAAGCCGCAGAGGAAGCGCGGCUGCAACAAGCCAAAACAUUGGCUUGUCGUGGGUUGUAGUUCUGGAUGCAUGAAAAUUUGCCAAGAUCUGGUGGAUGCACCUUGAGGCUUUAGUGUAGCUGCGUCCUUGGGAUGUGGAGAUUGCUGGUUUAAUUCUUGGAAAUUAAUGUAAACCAUUGUUUGCUGGCAUUGCCCACAUCUUGUUUCGCCAGUUGUUGCAG